CAUGACAGUACAUAACAGAACAAGGCCGUAGAGUGAUAAAUAAGUCUUGCGAUACUUUAUGGUUUUCUGCGGAUUCCUGAAUUUUAUACGAAUCAGAUUUAUUUCUUGGAAUGACAAUUGGUUCAAGGAUGUCUUACGACGCCUCUUACGUGAAGGCUAGGAAGAAGUAAGUGGAAUUUAAUGCAUAGGAGUACUCAUAUUAGCAGUGCUUUAAUGUAAUUAAAAUCCCAUAGCCUAUGCUUACUAAUGCACAGAUUUGAUCAAAAGUUUUUAUUCCUGCAAGUUUACGAGGAUUUUUAGGGAUCGUCUUUAAAAAUACGAAAUUUUUUAUUUUAAUAUUUGGUUUGCAAACUUGAUUUUAGUCAGCUUACCGUCGCUGAUGUUUUCGUUCAUCGAUUUUACUUCAGAUUUUCCGGUAUUAUUUUAACUCGAUCUGACGAAAUGUUUCAUCGUCUUAAAUGAACGGGAAGUGUAUUAAACCUAGUCUUGAAAUCUCUUUCUUGGAAGUUUUGAUGGCAACAACGAUUUUCUGUUGACUGCGAGAAAAAAAAGAAGAAAAAAAAAGCGGUUUGCAACAACAGUCAUGCCAAAAUUUAGGAAUUAAGGAGGAUUUAACUUCAGUCUUCCUUCUUCUCCUUCCAAGUGUCCGCCUACUUUAGAAAUAAUGCGUCCAAUCAUUUCAGAAGUCUCUAACAUGGACUGUGAAGCUAACUGGAGCCAAAAAAGUCCAGAAACUUGACGUUUUUUUUAAUUUUUUGUCUAGUUCAACAUAUUCUCCAUUGUCUUCCUCAAAAGCACCUGCGCUUAACAAGAGGGGCUACAAUCCUUUAACUGCAUUGCAGUUCCCAUUGUAGUUUCAUUGCUGUGAGUCCAAAUGAAAUCUGAAAAGAUGGCAGUUAUAGGCCUUAUUAGCAGGAAGAUCCCUGGUAACCAGCUUUUAUAGAAACCUCAGUAAUUGCCCUUUAUGCAGGGAGUGGAUAUGACAGUAUAACAUGGAUCAGGGUUGUCCAGGGGUUUUAUUAAAUGCUGGUUACUGGAAGUCUAUUGUUGCUUAUAAGACCUCUUAACACCAUCAAUUUAGCUUGUGAGCAAGCUUUUGUCUUUGAGUUUAGCUUUAUGACCCUGUUCUGGUCACAUCUGCCUAUUGCACCAUUGGAAGCAGCUUAUGGAAAAAGUUAUGGAAACCCCUGGGUACUUCAUUCUGGAUUGAGGAGUUUCUCCUUUUAAUGGUCUUGAUACUAUAUGCUGAAGUUUCUUCUUUGAUAAUAAAUUGUUAUUGGUUUUUUUUAUGGAAGGGCUGUGAAACAGCUUAAAAACAGCAAUGCACAACAGUUGGAAAUAGAAACACUGAAAAUGGAAGAAAGGAUACGUGCUUUGAAAGAACAAAUGUUUAAAGAAAAAGAGGAAAGAGAGUGAGUUUUGACUGCUGAUCAUACAUGGAGUACUGUUCAAGUCUUUAAUCACACUGCCCUUUACUUUCUGAUAGGAAGAUAACCACCCAUUAUUUUAGAGAAGAAACUAAUUGCCAACUUUGAGACAAGUAAAUAAUUGUGUAUGAUUUCUUCUCAUUUUCAUACUUGGCUGUAAAGGUUAUCAAUCAUAUUUGAUUUCAGUGCUCAAAUGUUUGGUAAAGCCACUCAGGCUACUGUGGAAUUUGUUUAGAAUCUUAGAUUACCUAACUUGUCAUCUUAAGGGAGUUCUACUGUUCAAAAUUCUUGUUUCUUUUUUCUAAUAUUUACUUCUAUUUCACCCCAAAGUAAACAAACCAUAUCUUUCUGAGUGAGUGUUGGCUCAAAAUUUAUAGACACAACCAAAUACUUAAUAUGCAAAUAAUUUCAUAGUUAUCAAAGGUGAGCAAUUACAUACAAUCUUGAAACUUUUAAUUGCAUUUCCAUGUUGCCCAGAUUGCAUGCCACAUGACAAUCCAAGGCUAUUCACCUUCAAUAUACCAAGUUUCCAACAUGACUCAAAAUCACACUUGUAUAUUUUAUUUGCCCUUUAUAAUUCUCCCUCUAAAACAAAGAUUUGGUGAAUUCAAAGGAAAGAAUAGAUAAACCACAAGGUGCACUUAAAUGUUAUUUGGUUGAGAAAAGAAAUAUACAGGCACUAUAGAAGUUGUGCUAUAGUUAUUAUAAUAAUUAUAGUUGUUUUGGCUGUUCUGUCCUUGUUGUAGAUAAAUUUAAAGAUGUUCCUUUUCUUUUCUCUUUUGGUGCAGAAAGCAAGGUGGUAUACGAUGGGCAUCUGGCAAAUCAGGACCUCUUAAUAGUCAUGUACAAGAUGUGCUAAAGAAAAAGAACUUGAAAACUGAUAAAGUAGGUGAUUAGAAUCUAUCUGGAAACUGUUCUGAGCAAACUUUUGAUUUAUAGGGGUUGUGGUAGCAGUUCAUUUUUUUAAGUGGAUCCAUUUAACACAUGAAUAAGUCUAGAAUUUUUCACAGUAUGGGCCUACAUGUGAUAGAGACAAGUCCCUUUACAACAUGAAUGACAAUGGAGAGGUUGUGAUGUAGAUAGAUAGGGGUGCAAUAUAAUGAAUAUUUUUUUGAAGGGUUAAGAGUUUGAAAUAAGAUUGUAUGGAGAAUGUCUCCCUCUAGAAAGUUUUUGCCUGUUAGGGAAAUGCCCAUUGCAAAGGAUUGUUGUUUUUGAUUUUUUUGUUUUAUUUGUAUGUUAACAGACUCCAAAGAAAAUAAAGAUUCUUGGGGAUGAACCUUUGCGUAAGUAUGGUCUAAAAAUGACUUCUUAAGGAUUCUGUUUAUCAAAAUCUCAAUUGAAUAUGAUGUAGCGAUCUUCGCUGUGAUGAAAACUACCUAAACAGCAAUGAAAGUAAGGCCAGGAAAGAAUGCAGGCCUGUACCUGUGCAAUACUGAUACAGUACUUUACUUCACUCGCAGAGGUCAUGGGUUCAAAUCCGGUACAGGCCUGAAUUUUUUCCAGGCCUUACUUUCACUACUGCUUAAGUAGUGUUCAUCACAGAAAUGAUUGCUUUCAUGCUCAUUUCUUAAUCAGCAGUUCUCAUAUAUGAUUUUCAUAUAUUCACAGUCAUUUAAAAUCUCAAUUAUCAACAAAAGAUUAAAUGCUUAGACUUGCUUAAAAACAUUGUAUGUUUUUCUUUAAACUUCAGACUCUUACAAGAAGAAAGUAACUCCAAGAGUUCAGCAACAAGACAACUUUGGCACAUCAGGAUGUGGUCAGUGCGAGAGGACAAAGGCAACUUUGGUACAUAAAUUUCUUUUUUAGAACCUUCAUUUUACCUCUCAGAAACUGUAUUCUGCUUUCAUUAAGCACCUAUUAUAGCAGUGUUUCCUAUGAAAAUAUUACUUCAUUUGCUGUACUUAAGUUCCUAGUUAGUUUUAAAGGGUUUUCAAGACUUAUUUUAUGUAAUACUCAUUGAAAAAGCUAUUGUAAGUGUAGUGGUUAGCUCAUUGUGUUUGACUUAUUUUUGCAGGUCUGCAUUGAGUGCGAGGAAAAGUACUGUGUUAGUUGCUUUAUGUCAUUCCAUCAGAGAGGUGCUCUUACCAAACACACCACACAGUCCCUUGAACAGGUACAGCACUAUUUCUUUCACUAUUUUUUCUUUUUCACCGUUACAAGUUCUAUUCUAUCAUAGAAACAGUCCAGGCUGGUGGACAGCAAUUUUAGCAAUUGCUGAAAGAAAGUGUGAAAAAUUUAAUUCUAUAGGUAGCUUUGGAAUUAUUGAUUUUUCAACCACUUACUUUUUCAAAAGAUAUUUUUAUGGAUGAAUUUUUAAAAAUUUUUAUUGUGCCUUGAAUGUUGUAAUCUUUUAUUGGAUGAUGUUUUAUUUAUUAAAGAUACUUUGUUUAUUAUUGGUUUUGGUUUUAUCCUUGUUCCAGUAUGAAGCAGAGCUACAGAUGGAAAGAGACAGUGAUUAUAAGAAGCAUGAAAUAACAUCUUCAAUGAGUACUUCAAGGUAGACAAUAUUCAUAUUCUAUUCAAUAAUUUAGACACCUUAAGAUCAAGGUUUACUGCAUACCGCAAACCACAGUUUCAAGGUUGCCUUGUGCAAAUUGGAAUAUAACAAUUUUUUUGUCUUUUUUUAGAUUUUCCAGUGGUGAUCAGGCUAGAUCUUCUCAGGUAGAUGGCAUUAAAUGUUCACAGUUUUAAACCCCAAAUUACUUUUAUAACAUUGUGUAAGCUUUGACUAGUUCUAAUUCAGAAGCUAAAUUUCUGCCUCAAAUACACUCACACUCUCAAAUUCAGGCUUGGUAUAACAAAUCUUUGUCUCUUUCAAGGAUUAACACAGCACCAGUGUCUACAUAAUGAUGGUUUUAAGAAAUAAAUUUGUUAAAAAACUUGCUGAAAAUUUACUUGUCACCAGCAUGGGACCAAGAAAAACUUAGAGUCCAAGUGAAGAUUUGUACCCCAGCUAGUUUAAAUCCAGCUUAGGUUUUUUAUCAACUGAGCUGAAGAGAACUGUUUGACAGGCUACUCUAUAUACUCGGUUCAUACGUGAAAAAUGUUUCACAAACUACCUUGGUUCUGUUUUGCAGAUGAAUAAUUCAAGAGGAAAGGGCGGGGGAGCAUUAUUACAAGGCUCAUACAACGAAGAAGAAAGCGCACAAUCGUUUGCACAGGCUCUCAUGGAAUGGAGAAAUUCUGGAAAAGAGGAGAAAAUGCAGAAGAAUCCGACAAAUGCAAAAAGUAUGCGAAUUUUGUUUGAGUCCUUUCUUUAACUUUGUGAUAGGUUGUAGCUGAUACUGAGAAUGGCUGGAUAAGCUAAUUAGCUUUAGGUCCAGCCUGAUGAAACUCAAAAUCGCUCGCCUACUUUACGAACAGAUGUACAGUAGUAAAAUGGAAGAGUUGCAGAUUAGAUCAUCGGUUUGAAAGGGGUCUAAGGAAUGCAUAAUUUUGCAAUGAUUUUCCGAGCGGCUUUCUUCGUAAUUUAUCAGGCAGAAGUAGUUAUCUUGACUUAAUAUUUACAUGGAAAUGUAUAGCAGUUACAGGGGAGAAAUCACAAUCAGAUCUUGGGAGUUAAAGGGUUAACUGACAUGUUCACCCCAAUGUGCUUCUUAAUUUCAGGCAGCUCUUGUGAGACAGGUACUACCCCACAACCAACCAGACACCAAGAAGUGAAGGUCAAUUUUGGACCGAACAAGUCAUUAAGUUAUCUUGACCGCAUGCUGCUCAAGAAACUCCAAGGCGAUCAAACGUUUGACGGUCCACAAGCACCUUCUAAAGGAAAGAAAUACAACAGUUCAGAACUGUCAUUAAAUACGAACAGUGAAAGUCCAAAGAAUGAAAACCAGCUGGGAACGAAUUACAGAGAAAUUUUCCAAAGCCUUGGGGCUCCGGACAGGAAAGCUAGCCAAGAAAAUUUUCAAAUGCCACCCAAAAGUGUGAUUUCUAUUGAAGAAGUGAACGACGCUGAUUUGAACGGAGAGGAGACAACUGCCUGUAUAGUCGAGGAAGAGGACUUUAACCCCCACCCCCAGCGUAGGCCUUUAUCACGCACCGGUAGGGUCAGCGUUAUGUGUAUGACCCCCACGGGGAGGUUCGAAGCUAAUACAGACGCGCUGGUGGUAGAGGAUAUAGCAUCGGUACCCGCUCAAAGUCUCUCUUUGGGGCAGGCCACGCCCCGUUCAAAGCAGACAUCACGUAGUACAAGUUCUCGUCAGGGACUCCAUAUGAGAACAAAAUCACAACUUGAUGGGUCGGUAGGGAGAGUGUGGAGUCCUCAGCCCCAUCAUGUUGGUUUGUCGGAGUUUUUCCUCGCUGGUGUCCGGGGUGAAUCGGUUUCAGGGAGAACGUCUCGCGAUAGGAAGACCAUUUUUGACCCAGUAUUAGUGAAACCCGAAAGAUUAAGCAAAGCUCUGUUAUCACAACAUGUAUGGAAACCACAAGAAAGCGUGUUUUCUAGUAACGAUAUUGACAGGUCAAAUAAGCAACAGCAACAACCACAACUGGGUAAAGAUGGUGAUAAGGAAGCCCGCACAGACAGCCCUCGCCCUGUUAUACCUCUUUUACGAGCACCAGAGUUGCUGGAGACAAGAAACGAUAGACCAGAUUCACAGUCAUCUACGAUAGUCCCACCCACGGCAAAUGACUCCGGAUUCACGAAUGAUACCAUGAUUCACGACUUUGGAAUCGUAGAUUUCCUCAGGGCUCCACCAUACCUGCCCAAAGGCUUUGAAGAUUAUAGUCAAGUACAUCGUGUUUCCACAGUUUCUCCACUGACUCUCAGCCCAAACCCUCCUAGUUUUCAUUGGUCGGAUGAUAGCGAUGACGACUUUCUCGCACAAGUCUGCUUCCAAGGAAAUCAAGAUGACCAGAGAGCGGACCAAGACGAGGAUGACCGCGCCACCUUGACUAACCUGGCCUGGGAAUUAGCCUCGACUACAGGCCGGUUGACGCAGUGUGAAUUAGACGACAAGGAAGGGGAGGGUGAGGAGGAAUUUGACGAGGACAGUAUUGAGAGUAAUGACUUUGGGUCUGGGUUGAGUUCAAGCGAAGAAGACAAUACCUCAGCUGAUACUUACAGUGCAAAUAUUGACAGUGUAAAACACAACGACGAUAAUACUCUAGCGGAAGAAGAAGUACAUGCCUUGGAGUAAAUUUCAAAGGUUUUCGUUUUCACGGUUUUUCAUUUUUCUCCUAGUAGAUAGAUACCACAACUCAUGUUUUGACACACUCCAUCAUGCUUAUCGAUCAGCUUUUUGACGAAAAAGGAAACAAAAGAGGAAAAAAAAUGAUAAAAAGUAGAAAAUUAGGGCGCUUUUCGAUUGAGUGUCGGCCUUCGAAGGUUAGACUGAACCCGUGAAACAAAAUUAACCAAUCACAUCGUCGGAAACGAACACUAUUAGAACUAAGGACCAUUGCCAGCAAAGGUCACAAUGAGUGUAGAAGAAAUUUGUUGCUCUUUUCCUAUUAGUAUUGGCCAGUUUUGCGUAAUUGACCCCGAUAACGGAAGUUGCACUGUAAAAUAGCCAAUGAGACAUGCAACAACAAAUUUCAUCUGAUUGUUGGGUAGGCUUAACUAGCUGAAUCACACACCAUCUGAAAAAAAACCACAGUUAAUAAGUAUUGCUUUCGACACUCAGUCUUAUCUAGCUCUGUUAAGCUCUUUACAGAGUUUUCUAUUAUUUGUUGAAGUGGCGGAGCAAAAAUCUUAACGUGUGGGCAACUGUAGGCAGGGUUCAACUCUUUCAUUCCCAAGAUCACUUAAGUAAUUCUCCUUACUGUCUACCAUACGAUUGUUGAUGUUAGUGCGGAGAAUUUGAUAUUAGAUCAGUAAUUAAUCCCCUAAUUUAUACUUUUAUUAAUUUUCAUCACUUGUCUGCGUCAUAUUAUAUUGAUAUUGUAAGGAAAAAAUCUGUCUUGAUCACUCGUAGGAGUCAAAGAGUAAUAUUUACCUUUGAAAUAAGGAGUCGUUGGAAGAAAAAAACAAAGUUUUGGCUGAUAUCUUAGCUGGCGUUGUAUGUUGUAUUUAUUUAUUGUCACCUUUUGGUGUACAGUCGAGUUAACUGUGUUGAAAAGAUAACGUGCCUAACUGUUGCAGUCACGUUCUUGUUCCUUUUUUGUAAUAUGUACUUGUAUUUGAAAUGGGGCACCGGACGGUAAGUUAAUCGGCUCGGAUUCAGGGCCUUAAAACUAAAAGCCAAGUAAUUCUCGUUCGGCCCCUCCUUACUCAGUCAACAAGAAAUUUAUCACAUGACCGCCGCGGUCAAUGUGGCUCGUGGGGCCGUAUGCUGGGUUAAGCAGCUUUUUCUGGCCUUUUACUGGUUCGUUUUUUUAUAAAUGUGCGCG